AUGGGUACUGUAGCACAGGUGGAUAGUUUAGCUUAUCCAAGUGGCAAAGUUACACUGAAAAAAGCCAAGGUGGAAGACCUUAACAAAUUAAAAGAAUUCAUUCCUGAAGAAUUCAACGAGUUUUAUAACGAGCUUUCGAGCACAAAAAUUGUAUACGAGCGUUUGGAUAAAGUUGAAUUGCGUAUCAAUGAAAAUAGUAAGCAAAUAAAAUUGAUAGAAAAAGAAAUUGAAGACAUUAAAGUGAGUUUAAACUUUCAUGACCAACUCAUUGAAGAAAAAAGUCGAAGCGUCAUUACUUCACAGGAUAAAUGUAAUACAAUAAACGUUACCCAAAACAAUGAGUCUGCAUUUUCUAAAAUUACCAACAAAUUAAGAGAGAUAGAGGAUCGAUCCCGGCGGAAUAAUCUGAGAAUCGACGGAAUUAAAGAAAGCGAAGGUGAAAGUUGGAAUGACAAUGAAACAAAGCUUCUAGACUUUAAAGAUAAAGUAAAUAUUUUAAAAAAAGGAAAAAAUAUCUAUAUAAAUGAAGAUUUCUGCGCUGAGACAUUGCAAAUUAGGAAGGUGCUGAGAGAACUAAUGAAAAUGGAACGAGCGGCAGGAAAAUUUGCAAGUAUUUCAUACGAUAAACUUAUCAUACGCGAUUGGGCUGCAAAGAAAAGUAUAAAUGUAUAA